GCAGAGAGACAGUAUAUGCUUCUUUCAUCAUGACUUUUAACAACAUGUGCAGGCUCACUCUGACUGCAGGUCUCUGUUUGAUGAUGGCCAGCUUGGCCUCUCCCUCAGCCUCUCCCUCAGUCUCUUCCCACAGGCUGGUGUGUUACUACAACAGCUUGUCUGAAAAAAGAGGAAAGUUCACGGUUUCAAAUAUUGAUCCAAACAAGUGUACCCACUUGAUCUACGCCUUCUCUGACAUUAAAAAACAACACAGGCUGGUCCCGAGCACAUCAACUGACAUACUACACUAUCAGGCCUUCAAUGGACUCAAAACCAGAAAUCCACUGCUCAAAACCCUGUUGGCUGUUGGUGGCCUGAACUUUAACAAACAAAAAUUCAGUGCAAUGGUGGCAACACAACAAAACAGAGCAAAGUUUAUCAGGUCUGCUAUCACACUACUGAGAGCAAAUGGUUUCGAUAAGCUCAAAGAGGCCUUUAUGGCUGAGGGAACAGCAGAUAACCGAUUACUGGUCACUGCCAGUGUCUCUGCUGAGAAAGCAAUCAUCGAUGCCAGUUAUGAAGUCGCACAGAUUACUACGUACCUGGAUUUCAUUAAUGUGCUGACAUUUGACUUUCACGGACCCGGGAAAAGUGUCACAGGACAUCACAGCCCCUUAUAUCAGGGAUCCCAGGACACUGGAAACAAAACCUACUUUAACACUGACUAUGCCAUAAACAUGGGGUUAGUGGCAUACGGGCGAGUUUUUAACCUCUCCUCUGCAUCCAGUGUUGUUGGAGCACCAGCCAAUGGUGCCAGUAUAGGAGGUCUCUUCACUGGUGAAGAAGGACUCUGGGCCUAUUAUGAGGCUGAUCAGAAGUCCAGUGCAAGAGGGUUUAUUCUUUGCUCAGAGAUGACAUCCAUUAAACCAAUAAACCCAUUUGAGUUGGUGGUCCGAACCAAGAACUGA